ACUUUUUGUCUCUCCAUAUAUAUAUUCACAGGUGUUUCUGCCAUGUCCUCCCUCUUGUCCCUGGCCUGGGUGCUUGCCUCCUACCACAAACUCCUGCGUGAUUCACGUGACGACAAGAAGAGCAUGAGUUACCGAGGUGCUCUGGUGCAUCUGUUCUGGCGUCUUUUUACCAUCUCCUCACGGGUGCUUUCCCUUGCCCUCUUUGCCUCUGUUUUUCACAUCUACUUUGGCAUUUUUGUGGUGCUCCACUGGUGUGCCAUGGCUUUCUGGGUCAUCCAUGGCGGCACCGAUUUCUGCAUGUCCAAGUGGGAGGAAGUACUGUUCAAUAUGGUGGUGGGUGUGGUAUAUGUCUUCUGUUGGUUCAAUGUACGUGAAGGCCGGACACGGUACAGAAUGGUGGCCUAUUACACAGUAGUACUGUUAGAGAAUGCCAUCCUCAGCUCCCUUUGGUAUGCGUACCGCGACCCAGCCACCACUGACGCCUAUGCCUCUUUUGCCCUCUGCGGCGUCUUCCUGUGCUUUGCCUCAGGUGUGGCCUGUAUGGUUCUCUAUUAUGGGGUUCUACAUCCCAUGGGCCCCCGGCUGAGGGUGCUGGCCAGCUCAUGCUGUGCUGAGCUGUUGUGGGGCCUUCCAUUACCCCCAGAGGCUGAGCCCAUGGCUCCCACUCCAGGCCCCCGUGGCUCUCAGGCCACCCCCACACGGGGCCUGACGGGGGAGUAUGUGGAAUCAGAUGAAACAGCCACGGACACCUGCCUUCCUGUUUUCCAGGUGAGAUCCACAGAGCCUGUGGAUGCAGCUGGCAGGCCCAUCCGACCUGAGGGUCCUCUCAUCAAGAUAGACAUGCCCAGAAAACGCUACCCAGCCUGGGAUGCACACUUUGUGGAUCGGCGCCUGCGCAGGACCAUAAAUGUGCUGCAGUACAUUAGCCCUAAUGCGGUGGGCAUCAGGUAUAGGGACGGUCCGCUUCUUUAUGAACUCCUGCAGUAUGAAUCCUCCCUCUAA